AGCCCAUCCAAACAGACUAGUUUCUGAGUGCAUAAAUAAAGUUAAAAGGAAGGGAGUGAAAACCCUGUAACGCCAAGUCCCUCUUAAACCCUCUCCCUGGUUCGCUGCAAGCUCAAACCUAGUUAUCUCCGAAUUGAGCAGGUGACGUUGUCUCGGGAAGCUUACCUCUGAAAAUGGAUGCGUUCCACUUUGACGAAAUUAUUAAGAUUCGAAAGGUGGAUGCUGAUGGCAAAAAGUAUGACAAAGUUUCUCGCAUAGAAGCAGAAAGUAAUGAUGGUGAGACAUCGAUCCUGCUAGAUAUCAACUCAGAACUAUACCCUAUGCAGCGAAAAGAGUUGUAUAGGAUGGUUAUAUCAACGACGCUGAGUAUGGAUGGGUCAGCUGUUACUAGCUAUCCCUAUCCUCCUGAGGGAAAAUCUCUUGCUGACAAAUUUGAAUACAUCGUGCAUGGGCUAGUAUAUAAGGUCUCAAUGGAUACAUCAGGACCUGACAAAAAAGUAGUGGUUUAUGUCUCCUUCGGAGGACUUCAGCUGAUGCUUAAAAGUGAUCCCGUCAAGGCUCAGAAGUUUAAGCUUGAUCAGAAGCUCUUUCUUCUUUUGAGGAAGAUGGUGAAGUGACUCCAUUCGUUGUUGCUCUUGAAUCCUGCGAUGGGAGCAGAGACUUUGUUUGCAAGAUUUUCCCUACAAAAUGAAACCUAUGCUGUUGAACUGCAUCUUUGUUGGUGAAAUUAUGUAUAGUUCUGAACUUAAUUAAGAUGUAUCGACUCUGUUCUUGGCAAAAAUGUUUGUUUUGGAACUGUUUGCUAGAAAACAGGUCUUUGUGAACGCACUUAUGGUAUCCAUUUUGGCUUUGUUGCAAUGAACAAGUUGGUUGUAUUAUCA